CGCCAGGAACGAACUCUCCAAAACCUCAAGGUUAAAGCGCUACCCAUACCUCAAGGAAAUGUUAAAGUCAUUGCUAAAAGAUCCGAUCUUAGAUCUCAGACUCAUCAAUAAAAAGAUACCAAAACUUUUAAGACAUGAAAAGCUAGAGAAAAAGUUCUUCAAGUUGAUGGUUAAAACAUGGAGUGAAGAUGAAGAUUCACGAAGGCUUCUAGCCUUCCUAAACAUUAUGAAGGCCCUUUCUGCAAAAAGAGAAUGUGCAGGCUUAUGCAUCAAACUUAUGUUUGUUGCCUUUGUUCGGAAUUGUAAAUUCGUCUUGGCGUCAAACAUUGCUCAGAUCAACUUAAUGCGUGAAUGCCUCUUGGAGCUAUUCGGUAAGAAUUUGGACGAUGCAUACAUACACGCUUUUGUCUAUACUCGUCAGUUGGCAAUAACUCUACGAAAGGCAUAUAGUUCCAAGACCAAAGAAGAUAUGCAAUCUGUUGCUAACUGGCAAUUUGUGUAUAGUCUUCGAUUGUGGUGUGAUUUCGCUUCAAGAUAUGCAAAUGUUCAUACCUUAGUACAAUCACUUAUUCAUCCACUAAGUCAACUGGUAUAUGGAACAAUCAAAUUAAAUAAAGGUCAACGUUGGCUACCAUUACAUUUUCAUUGUGUUUCUAUGCUUCACAAUAUGGCUGGUGUACCUGUUCUAUGCGAGACAAAUUUAUCCAAUGAGAAACAAACAACAGAAGAUAAUCAUACUAAUAAUAAUAAUAACGAUGAUGUUAAACUACCAUUAACUGGUAGAGCUUUAUCAACUGAUACUCGUCUACUAAUACCGACAUUACCAAUAUUAUUAGAUGUAUUUCAAUUAGUGAAUUUUAAUCAACGAUCUGGACGUGUUUCCAAUGCACCAUUAGAUUUACGCUUAUUGUUACAUUUUACACCGAGUCAACUACGUGAAACUGCAUCGAAUGAUGCAAUUAUUAAUUGGUUAUUUGAUUUAUUAGCCGAAUGUAUGGCAUUACAUGCAAAUUCAAUUGUUUUCCCGGAAUAUUCAUUACCUUUUAUCAAUGAAGUGAAACAAUUUUUACAUGUUUGUCGUGUAGCCAGUUUUUGUAGGCAAAUGAAAGCUUUGAUGGUAAAAGUACGUGAACAUUCAGAAUGGAUUGUUAAAUGUCGAAGACGUAUUCGUAAUUUAGCUAGUAGAAAUGAAAUCUUAAACAUUGAAUCAACAUGUACUCUUGUUGAUAAUUCAAAUAAACUUUUACCAUUUUGGAAAUUCUAUGUACAACAUAAACAAAUUCGUUUUAAUGAAUUAAAUCGAUUAACUGAGAGUAAUAAAAAAGAACCUAUCCCAACUACAGAUACUAAUUCAAAUAAAAUGAAAUCUGACACAGACGAUGAUUCCAAUUCUGAUUCAGAUCAUACUGAUUCAUCUUAUGAUAUUGAUGAUGGUAAAACAAUUACACACGUGUCAAAAUCGAAACUGAAACAAAAUGGCAAAAAGCUUAAUAAAACAAAAGUAAAUGACGACGCUGCAAUGAUCAAUGUGAAGAAUAAGGCAACUGAUAGCAAAUCUUUACCGGAUAAUGCUGAUCAAAUUGAUGAGGAUGGGGAUGAGGAUGAUGGUGAUGAGAGUGACUUUGAUUUAGAAGCUGCUCUAAUGGAUAAUGAUGAUGAUGAUGAUAAUAAGAGUGUGAAUAAUGUGGAUUUAGACGAGUUACCAGAUUUUGAAUUAGAUGGUGAAUCUUCCACGGAUGAUGAUGAUGAUGCAUACAAUGAUUUGGAGGAGGAUGAUGAUGAUGACCCACAGAAUAUCGAUAAAAAUUCCGAUAUUGAAAUGAUUGAUUUAUCAAAAUUGUCUAAAAUAUUUCAGAAAAACAAACUACCACCACAACAAAAAAUCAAAACAACCGCAGUCAAAAAAGUUCACAAACCUUUCAUGUUGAAAAUGAAAAAAUCCACUGGAAAAUUUAAAAAAAAAUCCAAAGUUGUCUAUGAAACCUCAAUAAAAUUAUCAAAACGCAAUAAAACAAACAAGAAAAUUGCAAAAAAUGAUUAAUUUUAUCAAUGAAACGAAAGAUGAUAAUUUAACUAUUGUGAUAUAAAAUAACUGUG